UGUGCCCUAACAGGUUGCACCUUACAAAAUUUUUCGAAUUGAUAAACAUGAAGUUUCAACUGUAACCCCUGUUCCUUAUGAAACAAAUGUCGAGGAGUUGACUCAAGAGAUGGUUGAACAUAGAAGUCUAACUUCUGAACAGAAGGGAAAGGACUUGUUAGAUUGUAAUGGCAAUAGAGAUAAUUGUGAAAAGCAUCCAGGGGCGAGUAGUUCCUCUUCCCUUCCUCAAGCUGCCUUUGAACUUUUCUCCAGCAUUAAGGCCAGCAUAUUCCAAACACUUGGUGUAACAUCACUUUCCAGAAAAUUCUCCUCAGUUCCUACGUUUGAAGAGGGAAACGAAUCUAAUUUUCUUGGUAAGAAAGAUAUGGACACCUGCGGCAAUGACCCUGAAUCACGUCCUGUGAGCACGGUACAGUCUUCUGAGGACAUAACUCCAUAUUGUGAAGUUAUCAAGACUCGUGAGAGGAAUGAUUUUCCAGUUUCUUUAGACAACAACAGUUCAGAUCAGUUGAAACAGUUUGAUGUGAUUGAUAAUUGCUCAGACCACCACUUUUUUGACGAGGGGAAAGGGUUGUCAUUGUCUCAGGUUAAAAAGGAUUGGGUGAAGAAGGUACAGCAAGAAUGGAACAUCCUGGAGAAAAAUCUUCCUGAAACUAUUUAUGUCCGCGUUUUUGAAGAAAGAAUGGAUCUCAUGCGAACAGCCAUUGUUGGUGCAUCUGGGACACCUUAUCACGAUGGACUUUUUUUCUUUGAUAUACGUUUCCCUCCUGAGUAUCCCAGUGAACCCCCUAUGGUGCAUUACAAUUCUGGUGGACUACGAUUAAAUCCUAAUUUGUAUGAGUCAGGGAAAGUCUGUCUGAGUCUCCUAAACACUUGGAGCGGCACAGCCACCGAAGUGUGGAACCCUGGAGCUUCCACAAUUCUUCAAGUCCUUCUUUCUCUGCAGGCCCUUGUCCUUAAUGAGAAGCCUUAUUUCAACGAGGCUGGAUAUGAUCAACAAAAAGGCAGAGCUGAAGGGGAGAAAAACUCUGUGAGUUACAAUGAGAAUGCUUUCCUUGUCACCUGCAAAUCCAUUUUGUAUCUGUUAAGAAAGCCUCCAAAGCAUUUUGAGGCAUUGGUGGAAGAGCACUUUAGACAACGGUCCAAACAUAUACUUAUGGCUUGUAAGGCAUAUCUUGAAGGAGCUCCUAUUGGAUGUGCUUUUGGUGGUGGAAAAACUGAGCAUGAAAACCAAAAGGGAACUUCUGCUGGAUUUAAAAUCAUGCUUGCUAAGCUCUUUCCCAAGCUUGUAGAGGCAUUUUCUGACAAGGGAAUUGAUUGCAGUCAGUUUGCUGAGAUGCAAAAGUAACUGUUCUACCUUGUAGAGGAAAAUAUUCCAACCUUAUGUGUAAUAUUAAUUUGUUUUUACUUAUUUGUAUAAUAUCAAAUACCGAUAUCCUCUUGCAAACCACACCCUUUCCAAAAUAAAAGAGGUGUUGAAGAUGCAAUGAAAAUAAAUACCUUGUGGCAUGUGACUAUGUGUAUCAGUGUAUGUGUCAUAUAUGGCUUGAAUAUGUGAAAAUGUGAAAUAAGAGAAACAAUGAUUGGAGUAAUUUGCUU